AUGGUGGUUUGUGACCCAAAUAAGAUUCCGGGCUAUAAUCUGGGAGAUGGAACAGACAUGAUGUUCAGCACCGCGUCCAUGAGAAAUCCAAGAGGUUAUGAGGCCGCCAAUAAAUCUGCUUAUAGGCUGAACGUGAUGGGCGCUCUUUCAGGUCCACGUGGUAGUGAGUUCAAGGUUCGUCGAUACUACGAUGCUUCAGUUAAAACUGAUGAUGAUGGCAAAGCAAAACUGCGUGGAUUUGUUGUUGAUGUCAUCAAGAUGCCUUCAUCUUAUGAGGUGGAUCCCUACACCAUCACUGCCGACGUUGCUGAAACUGCCAUUCAGCGGGACCCUACCUACCGUGAGAUGUUUGUUGCGAAAUGUCACACCGAUCCAUUCCUGCGUGCUAUAAGGUCAACUUACAAUGCGUUGAAGCAGUUUGUGACUUGCUCUUCUUCUUUUCUUGGCCGAAAGAUUUCCCCAUCUUCUUGAUGGUCGAACGAGUUCUGUUCUGCCUCGUUCUUUGCUUUUGUCAGUUGCCGGAGUUCUUCAAUGUAUGAGUUUCUGCCUCGUUAUUAUGACUGGAGCGAUCAAACCCAGAAACCCCAUAUAGCGGUGUUGGACUUGGCUAGCGGGAUCUUCGUUGGCUAGCGAGGUGCUUCAUUAGUGUCUGUGCUAGUUGUUGGCUAACUUUGUCGUCCAAACUGUAAUUAUUGCUAGCCACUUACUGUGUCGUGGAGGCAUACAUCGGUGAUUUGGGUUUGAUUAACUAGUAUAAUUGAUGAAUGGAAUGUGAUUCUCAUGAUGAGAG